GACUCAAGUGGACACUGCAGAGUGCAGUGCCCGCGGGGUGGUUGGUGUGUGGGGCGGCGCCGGUUGACAGGCAGAGAGAGAGAGGGCAGUAGAACGCGUGUGGUGGCAGUGACAGCAGCCGUGUGACAGCGUGACAGUGACAGUGACGGGUGUGGUGUGACAGCUCAGUGCCAGCGAACGACGUGGCCGUGGGAGCUAUCGGUGUAGCGAGGCAGAACUUCGGGCUGAGCCUGAAACUGAGAAGUCGGCGAUACUGCAGACGUUGCUCUAUCUGAAGCGGAAACUAAGGAUUGACUAUCUGUUGAAGACACUGAUGGUUGACAUCAGGCGCUGAGAAACAUAGUGGCGUGACAAGACGCCAGCCACUUGUCCACGUUCUUUUCUUGGACUCAGACCCAUCCUAUCGCCUUUCCUCCUUUCGAGUGAACUCCCUCCUUGAGUUAUUUCCUGUCCUUUCGGAUCCUUACUCUUGUGCCCUGUCUAAAGUAUCACUAUAUCCUCUACUGCUGUGUGUAAACGACGCGCACAACCCCACUCAUCCUCUAACCCACCCUUUGCGCCCCUCCCCUCUGCCUGAGUUGUGGCGUGGACAGGGUCGGCCACCCUCGCUGCACGCCGCUGAUAGCGCGCUGACCGCGCUGACCUCACCCCACCCGUCGGCGACAACAUGUCCGAGCCGUGCAGACGCUGCGCCCGGCUCAGCAGCCUGCCUGCCAAUGUCCGGGAGGAGUACCACCGGCGACACAUCGCGCUGGCCGCUCUGGACAUGUCGACCAGGGCAUCGACUCCGGUGCCGAGGCCGAGAAGUAGCCAGCUGCAGAGUAAGCGGGAAAUGUUCUACAAAGGCGAAUCAGCGACGGCAGGGAGGGACUCCGGAGCGGCGAAUUUAGCGGCUGCCGCCCCCGCCGCCGGGCCCGGAGCCCCAGUCACAGCCCGAGACGGCCGGGAGGCCAGGGAUAACCGACCUCAGGUAGCGCCGAAGCCGGACUCGGCGCCGGCGCCGUCACCCAAGGAGCCUCCUCCGGCACCGCCCAAGACGGUCCUCUCCCGGAGUUCGGCCCCUCCUCCGCCGCGCCGCUCCGACUCCGAAGUCACCCCCGCCAGGCCAGGCCGACCCGAAGAACCUCCGCUCGUCAGACCCAACAAGGCAGAUGACCAGAACCGCGAGCGGCAGGCGCGGGAGAGGAGUCGCCGUCAGCUGGAUGGAUAUGUGGGAUUCGCUGACCUGCCCAACCAGGUGCACAGGAGAGCUGUCAAGAAAGGCUUCCAUUUUACAUUGAUGGUAGUCGGCGAGUCUGGCCUGGGAAAAUCGACUCUAGUCAACUCAAUGUUCAUGUCAGAUAUAUACAACAAAGAAUAUCCCGGACCUUCACAUCGAAUCAAGAAGACGGUGGCGGUGGAGAAGACGAUAGUGAAGUUAACGGAGAACAGCGUCAACCUAAACCUCACUGUGGUCGACACACCCGGCUUCGGAGACGCAGUGGACAACAGUAACUGCUGGCAGCCGGUGAUCGAGUACAUCGAGUCCCGGUACGAGGAGUACCUGAACGCCGAGAGUCGGGUGUACCGCACUGAAGUGGUCGACACUCGGGUACACUGCUGUCUGCACUUCCUCGCUCCCUCCGGACAUGGUCUCAAACCUCUGGAUGUCGAGUUCAUGAAGAGGUUACAUGACAAAGUCAACAUCGUGCCCGUCAUCGCCAAGGCUGACACCAUGACCCCGGAGGAGGUCAUCAGGUUCAAAAAACAGAUUCUGAACGAGAUCGCGCAGCACAAAAUCCGCAUUUACGAGUUUCCCGAUUGUCCAACUGACGAGGACAGCGGCCUUCAGAGGGCGAUGAGACAGCGAGUGCCGUUCGCCGUGGUAGGAGCCAACACCGUGCUGGAGGUGGACGGCCAGAAGGUGCGCGGUCGUCGCUACCCGUGGGGCGUGGUGCAGAUCGAGAACAUGGAACACUCCGACUUCAUCCCGCUCAGAAACAUGCUGAUUCGGACUCACAUGAUGGACUUGCGAGACGUCACAAAUGCAGUGCACUACGAGAACUUCCGUUGUAAACGGCUGGCUGGACUUGGCACGGAUGGAAAGCCAGCCAAGAUCGUCAACAAGAACCCUAUCGCCCAGAUGGAAGAGGAGAAGCGGGAACACGAGCUCAAGGUGAAAAAGAUGGAGGCCGAAAUGGAGCAGGUGUUCGAGAUGAAAGUCAAAGAAAAGAAGAACAAGCUCAAGGAAUCCGAGGCUGACCUCGCUCGGCGCGAGGAACAGAUGCUAGCACCCCUAGAGGAGCAGCGGCGGGAGCUGGAACAGGAGAAGGCCGCCUUCCAGCGAGAGAAGGAGGAGUGGGAGCGGCUGAACGGCAUCACACUGGACCAGCUGCGCCGACGGGAACUCGAGUCCAACAGCAAAGAGACAGUAGAUGGGAAAAAGAAGAAAAAGGGCCUCUUCUAGACUCUGUCUCUGUCUCGUACGUGUCUUCUGUGUCGGGUAUGUGGCGGUGUCUCAGCACGAGGCACGCCCGAAUGUGGUGGUUGGUCUGCUGAACGUCCCAGCGCUCUGGCGGUUCAGCCAGCCUGGAGCUCGGCUUUGAGACUGUGGCUGCCCUCUGCCCGGCUCAGUCACCUCUCUGCCCGGCUCGGUCACCCUACAUCAGCUCUCUGUCACCCUACAUCAAUCCCGCGUGACAAGCUCAGCAUUCGGGCCACUCGGCCUGUCGGAGGUGACAGUCAAAGACGCGCUGCUGAUAGAGAGGGAUCUAUGGGACAGGUGUCGAGUCAGUACUUACCAGUCGACAGUCAGUACUUAACGUGCGGUACUGGGUGACCUUUGAGAGGUCGAGGUCAGUGAGAGGUCAAGGGGGAACAAGAACUGCGACUUUGUGGACAUGAUGUCAGGGAGGGGGUGCGGAAGUGGACGGACCUGUGGACCAGCAGUGGACAGGCCUGUGGACCGGACCGAGUGUCCACAUGGAGCGCCCUUUACGCGUGCCGCCCGUGUGGACUGUAAUUGCGACCCACCCCUCGCCAAUGCUGUGUUAUGCAAGGUGACGUGUGCUGAGCAGUGUACUUGUGGCUCACUAUACCAAUGUGCUGGUGCGUUCUUUGUUUGGCGAUGUGCUUCGCGGCAGAAAUAUCCAGACGCAAUGUCUGCUGCCGAUUUUGACCUGGAACCAACCCUGGCCUGUAUUUGCCUGUUUGUUUAGCUUGUGAUCCUCAAAAGACGGCUAGAUCAUUUUAAAUACAGGCCUCUGAGGUCGAUAUUGCCGUCGUAUUUACUGUGACGCCCUUGCAUGCAUUAUUGUCGACCAGAUGUCAGUUUCGCAAGGCUUAUGUUUUCGCUUGUGCGUCUGCGUAUGCAUACGUGUCUUAGAUAUUAUCAUUUACAUGAUAAACGCCUUACAUCGAAUGGUGUUUUGUAUUAGCUAAGUUCGCAUAGCUGCUUGUCUUGUGAAUGGCAGUAGCGUAUUUGGCGCUUGGAAUGGCUUUGGUCACUGAAGGUGAAUGGUCUUCCUGAGGUUAUAAAAAUGCUACAACUUAUCUGACGGUGCCAACAAUUAGUCUAUACCUUUGUGAUUUUUGUUUGACUGCAUUCUCAUAUAAUAACUUAAUCUGUAACCGAACGUUGCACGACACUCAUUAUCAAUAACAACGUUAACCAGGAACAACUUCAAUCAAUCAAAUGCAUUUUGUUUUAGCAACAAUUUGCAACAUUUUUUUAGGCCGAAGAUAAACAAAUCGUACGCCACUCAUUUAAGCACCUAUCUACGCUGUAUGCUGUACAUGUCAAUGUCGUUACUCGUGAUACGGCACUGGUGCGAAUCGCUGCGGUGUCUGACCAAUGUGGUGAUCGCUGAGUCAGUCUGCUGCGCCGCUAGCCUCGGAGAGCUCGCUUCUAGGAUAUGAGUCGCUCGGUGGUAUGCCGGGACUAUAGUCAUGCGUGAUGUGAAGGUCAACUGUAUUUUCCCAUAUUUGUAGUAUCAAAUUUGACAAAUACAUUCUCAGAUUCACUGAUGAUG